AUGGCACACAAUCAUCAUCAGCACAUGGAGAUGAGUGAACAAGGACAUGGCAUGCACGGUAUGAACAUGCACUCAAUGGCAUUUCACUUUGGAUCAGAAGAAACAAUUCUGUUUGACUUCUGGAAGACGUCUUCUCCAUUGGGUAAUUUGGGUUUCUUAUAUAAUGUUAAGUUGAAUUUAAUUUGUAAGUUGUUUGAAAGAGUUAUUGAUUAUAUAAAUUUGUUGGAUAAAGUGUUUUUGUAAUUAAAAUUACAUUUUGUACUUGAAUUUUAAAUCUAUAUUACUUAUGAUAAGUAUAAUUAACAACUAACUAGGAUUUACUGCCCUUUCACAAGAUCGUCAAUGUUGGUUGUUAAUAUCACUGCUUUAGGCCUAAUUCUGUCAUGUCUGAUCGUAUGUUUUGGGUGUAUGGCGUUCGAAGCGUUGGGAUGGCUCCGGCUUCACCGUAAGAACGUGCGAGCUUUGGUCGAAAGUCAGGUGCCACUUAUCGGUCGACGAAAGUAAGUUAGUGCAAUUUGGUAUUAAGUUUACGAUUUGUGGGAAAGGGCAAUCAAAUUAGGACCUGGCUUAACAGUUUUGUAAGUUGUGUCAGGGGAGCGUUCUCGAGACUCUCGCCCACUUACUCCGAUUCCUUUUAUGAGACAAUAAACGUUGCUACCUGUUCUUUAUCUAUUUAUUUGCUCAGGCUGUAACAAUUGUCGUACAUUUUGUCAUGUUUUUUGUUGUUUUGACAAUGAUCAUGAGUAAGAACAACAAAAUGUUUUUAGUUUAAGUAAAAGUUUGACUUUAUGAUGAUACUAACUUAAUAUGACUUCAGAAUUGACAUUGGACUGAUUGCUGACACUCUCAUCCAUGGUGUCCAAUUGCUCCUGGGUUACUGUGCAAUGUUGGUGUUCAUGACAUUCAACGUUUGGUUGUGUUUGGCCGUUGUCUUCGGCAUCAUCUCGGCUCAUCUAGGAUUCAGAAUUUUCGUACCUCAGCUGGAUGCCGUACCCAACUCAGUAUCGGAACCGUGUUGUUAA